AUCUAUAGUUACUGUUCGAUCACAUUGUGGAUCGGCCGUCACUACCUUGCAAAUAAUCGAAAAGACAAACGGAAAGUAUCGGCUAGGAUAUGCUUCUGGGAUUUUGAACGUUACUUACGGAUGCAAUGACUUGAACUUAGUGGAAGCGGCUGAGUUUCCUGAGUUAUUUGAUAUGCCUCAGCGACAAGUAACAUUGAGAGAGGCGGCAAGAGAUCCAAAUCUUAUCGAAUCUGUAGUCGCCACAACUCUGAAACGUCAGCGAGACGAGGAACCCAUUGCCAUGUCCUCUUUGAAGAUUACAAGAAAAUUUGGCCUUGCAGAUGCCCUGAGGGAUGUCGGAGAACUGUUUAAUGCUCUUCGUCUAAUUGGUAGAAACCCAGGACUGUUUCGAUGGGAUGAAGACCGUACAGAAAAUCAACAAGCUGAUGAUUAUACUGAGUAUAUCCGAAACAAAUUUCUUGGAUCCCGAUAUCUUUGCGGCAACGUUGUGGAGAACGUUCAUAUGGACAAGAAUUACUUAAAUACUUCACAUCUUAAUGGAGGAUGCGAUGUAUCCGUUUACAAAGAAACAAAGGCGCCGUUCCAUAAACAAGGGAUUAAAAUCGUGAUUGAAAAAAUUCAAGGUUCAAGUGACGUCAACCAAGCAACAGCAGAAUUAAUUGCUGCAAACACUAUUUCAGCUGAAAAACCAAUUGUGAUAUUGACAGAUUUUGAAAAGUUUGGUUUCUUCUGGGUUGCCUACCAUAAUCAAUCUGAACUUGCGGUGUUUACAGCUUGGUUUGAUGAUACACAUGUGGCAGCAACAUUUGCACGCAUGGUUUUGAAUCCCGACUUGAUCCAGGGAGAAAUUGCAGACCAAUUCCCUACUUAUGAACGACGAGUUGUUCCACAUGAACUGACUGUGAUCAAUGAAGAUAACGAUAGUGAAGAUGUAGGUAAUCUCGAUGACUUUGUUGAUGAGAUGACUCCUUUAGAACGCGAAGCACAUGAGAUCAACAAAAAGCUUCAAUUGCUUCAUCAUCAUGUUCCUCCUGCUAUUUCUAAAUUAUUAGCACAUAGAGUAGUUGUGCGUAAUGGAGUUGUAGAAAAUUUAUAUUGA